UGUAGAACAAUUUUGUACAGCUGCUGCAAAAUGAGAAAAAGUGAACUUUGAUUUAUUUGCCGAGUUUGAUUGUUGACCAAAAGUGUUUAUUAUAUUUUUUUCUUUUGCCAUAAUUUGUGUGCUUACAAGAAUAUCAAUAUUGAGGAACAGCGAUUAAUCAAAAUGAAUGUGCAAGAAAGAAAGCAAAAGUAAAUAAAUAAAAGAGAAACGUGUGCGUGCGAAAAAAGUGCAAAAAGUGGUAAAAAAAAUAUAAUGAAAUUUGUUGAAAAAUAAUAAAAUCUAAUAAAAAUAAUCAAAUAAUUACAACAACAUAGAAUAAAACGAAAUUUUGGAACUUCGUAAAAGUUGCAUGCCGCAAAGUUUUGGUUAAAUAUCCUUGAGAGCAAGGACAACGCCUACAUUGUGUUUCACAAGUUCAUACAUAUGCUUAUGUGUAAUAACAACAAUAAUUAUACAUAGUUGUGAUCACAAUAACAACAUCAUUUGUCAACACUGGCGGCUGUGGCUGCAUUGGCACCGCCCCACUGGAGCGUGUAGCAUUUGUAUAAGUUAUUAACGACGCAAUCAACGACGUGGGCGAUAUCAAUUACUUUGAUGGCAAUGUGUUUGCUACAACACAGCAUCUUAGUUCAACUACUAAUUAAAUAUCUGUUGAUCCUGUGCGAAAAUGGCUUAUUGACAACGAGCAAAACAACAGUUAACGCCAACGGUAAUAAAAUCAUCUCUGGACCAUUUAUGCAACUCGACAAACCAGAAACAACACGAUUAUUAAUCACCAAGCACUACUCACAUCAUUAUCUGCCGUGCUACGCCAGCAUCGAGAAGAACUACUACUAUCUUAGCAACGAUACAAAUUACUUUUACACCUGGUAUCGCAAUGACCAAAUUGUGGAGGCUCACAGCGGACGGAACGAGUUCAAAAUCUAUCGCAAUGGCACGUUACGCCUACCGCCCACUGAGCGCGCCGCUGGCGCUUACCGCUGCAAAAUCAACGUCAACACUACGGCCAUACUUUCGGUGCUCAUCACAGUGGAAUAUCCGGUGCUCAAACGCGUAACGGCUUCUACAAACAUUACCGCUGAGGUGGGUCAACCACUCGUACUCGACUGCCCGGUCGUAAGUGUGCCACCGGCAAAUAUUAGCUGGUUCUAUGGAAAAGUACCGUUAUCAAAGCAAUUCAAAGACAACAGGUAUUUAAUACUUGCCAAUGGCACACUGGUGUUACGGAAAUUGACUCUGGACGCAGCGGGGCGUUACAAAUGCUUAGCGCAAAAUCAGUUUGCCUCCAAGACGCUGUUCCGGUGGGCCUUCAAUGUGUUCGAUGAUCCUACACCCACUAGCCAUAAUGACCUCUUACCCAGUCUGCAAAAUGCGACGCAGUACGUUCCAACAGGUGGCAGCUGUCUGUUACAUUGUUAUAAUCAGAUCGACGGGCCGCUGAUUGAGUGGUGGUAUCGGAGCACAUUGAAUAAUGCGGCGCUGAAGAUCAGUAAUCACAGUAACGAAAUUGUUAUAGAGAAUGCAAGCCAGUUAAAUCAAGGUUACUACAGCUGCAUAAGUGGGCGAAGUAAUCAGACUUUCCAUGUAAUCGUGACCGCACCGCCGGUGAUCGUCGAGCCACUUAUCUCCUAUGAAAUACUGAUAACCGCUUCUUUGCAAUUUCGUUGCAACGCCACCGGCAAUCCCCGGCCGGUAAUAAGCUGGUAUCACAAUGGGGUUCCUCUCAAAAGUUCCUACACACGCUACAUUGUUGGCAACGAACUGCAUUUACACUCCUUCGAUCCGAUUGAGGCGGGCAUAUAUCAAUGCUUCGCACGAAAUAUCGCCGGAGAGGUGUACAGUGCGGGCGAGUUGCGUUUCCGCAACAAAGACGAUGGUUUGCUGCUGAAGAAUCCACUGCAGAAUAUACGCUGCUAUGCGCUCAGCUUUAAUACGAUCAAUGUGACUUUUGAAAGCAACUUUUUUGAGUCGCUCUUCAUUGUGCACAUUGUGCAGAAUAAUCCGCAUCGUUGGAUCUCCCCAUUCGCGCCGAUGAAACUAAAUCAUACCUCACAUUUGGUCAUCUCAAGCCACCUACCCGUUUACCGUCCCUUUGAGCUGAUCACACGCGUACUAGUGCCGACCUCGGAGAUACGCUUGGCCAACAAGACACAACAACAGACAAUACUCAGCUCAUUAAGAAGCCCACCGGUGACAUGCUGCACGCAGGGCUUGCUCUUACAUUUGGUGCACAUGGGCAAUGAUACCUUUGUCACUUGGUCACAGCCGGAAUUGAAGGGCAAGAAGUAUUUUAUACUCCAAUUCUCCGGCAAUCACACACAACCGCAUCCGCAGCAAUUGCUUAGUCAGCAUCUACGUGGUACUGUGCAGCACGUGGACCUCACACAGGAGGAUGUCGCUCAGAAGCUCUGUGAUAUUGAAGCGCUCAAUAAAGCACAGACGCGUGCGGUCUUGAGGAGCGCUCAGGCAGGUUAUAUUGAUAACAACAGUCAUGUGGAAUUGGAGGAGGAAAUUUUUAGUUUGGUAGUGUUGUCCAAUGUAACGGGUGUUUUGUUGGAGAAUUUCAAUCGCAUAAAAUUACGUGUCCUAAUUAUCACGCGUGAAAAUGAACAUCUAAAGCAGGACUUUCGCUAUGUGCAAUGGAAAACGAUCGAGAACGACACCAACGAGCUCGCCAACACACCGUUUCGUCUCAGCAUAGUGGAGUCACGCAUGCUUACCUUUCACUUUCAUGAACAUUUCAAUGAAUCGUGUGUACACGCGUGUCACUGGCAGAUACAGUUCCCCAUUAUACGCAAAGAGGAGCCGAAAUGUGACCAACUGCCGAUAACCAAUUCACAAGUGGUUAUACGCGGUCUCAAGCCAUCCGAGCGUUAUCGUGUGAAUUUCUUCAGCUGCAAAACACAAACAUUCUAUGGACAAGUGGAUAGACAAACAUUGCCCGAUCCACCGGGAACGAUCAGCAAUCAACGCGUUAUACGACACAAUGGCCUAAAACUGCUUUGGGAUCCGCCUUUGCAGCCCAACGGCAAAAUUCACCACUACAACAUACUGUGGACCUUGGGUAAUGUGACACACGAGGUCAACGUUUUGGACUGUACUGCAUGUUCCUUUAAGUUUCCGAACAUCUCCGAGACGGCGAAAAUCAAUGUAACUGUACGCGUUGUCGGCGAAACCGGUGUGGGCGCACCGAUUUUCAUUGACUUGCGUAGCAUAAGUCACCAUUCGCUGGAGAUUGAAUGCCCUUCAAGCGAAUCAGAGGUCUAUAGCGGCAUUAUUAUCGGCUCACUGCUCUCUGUGGUUUGUGUAGUUGUCUUCGCCUUGCUUAUCAUAUUUCAAAGACGACGCUAUAAGGCGCGCACACAAGGACCCACACAUCUCAGUUCGCCAUCAGAGAUGAAUUUCGGUAAUCUGAAUAAUCCCAGUAUACCCAGUGAAAGUGCUGGUGGUUUAAGCGGCAGCACCUUCCAGCAGGAUUGCCACGAAAUGCAGACGUUGAUACCGAAAAGUGGACGUUAUGUCGACAUACAUGCCGCGCGUCCAAAAGAAUACCAAACCACGCAACUACCGAAUGGCAAUGGUAACGGUAAUGUUGUGCGACGUCAACUCACUGUCGAAGUGGAGCCAAAUCCCAAUGUCACACAGCACGAUUAUGAGUUGGAUGGGCGGGCGAACGUAUCACAGCUGCCGUUGUGCAGCUCAACGCCGGAGAAAGCACCACCGGAUGGUGCACAUCCCUUUUUCAUACCUUUCAAGCAGACGCCGCCCAAUACCGUGGCCACGGCGCUGCCCAAACAUAGUUCCUCAAGUAAUUAUGCCAAUAAUGGCGGUGACGCUGGCGCGGGUGAUGCAAGCGGUUAUGUCGUGCCGCCCAACACGUUGCCACUCAUGUCAACGCCACCAACCACGCUGGCGCUCGGCGUAGCCGGCCAACAGCGCAGCGGCAGUUUUAGCAGUAGCAGCUGUGGUGGUAGUAGUGGUCCUAACGGUAGUCGUAGUAGUAGUAAUAGUAGUAAAAAACAGUUCCAUGCGAAUUACUCCAAACAUUCCAAAUCGAAUGAUGUGAUCUGUUUGCUCGCGGACGAAGAGGUCGCGGCAACAUUGACGCCCACCAGCGAAGCUGCCGUAGCGUUGGCACUAACAAAUGGUUUCAAGGCAGCAACAGUAGCCAGAACAACAGCGAGUGCGGCAGUGGCAGGCGAUGCUAGAAUAGCAACAACUAAGGCAGGCGCUGGGCAAAAGCCUGCAAUGCUGACCACAACUAUUGCCACCAUGCAUGCGCCCAACCAAAAAAGUACUUCUACAAUUCUAGUUAGUCCCGCCAAUCAGCUGAAACGCGGCGCUUCGGUUAAGCUGAAAAAAUCCACUGCGGACAAUAAUAAGUCGCGCAACAAUUCCAUAGUUCCUGCCUUUGGAUCGAUGGCUGUCACGGGCAAAGCCACUGCUGCUACGGCCGCGUCAGCUAAUCCCUGGUCCACUACGGCGCCGCCGUUUACCGCGGCUGCAACGUCAGCGUCUACGUCGGCGUCGAGCAGUAAUAGCAAUGCUUUUAGUGUGGCGUUCAGCGGCGCGCAUCGUCGUCUCAACGUGGACCCGAACGGUUGAGCGCUUGCGCUAAGUAUGUGUAAUACAUACACACACACACCUAAAAAAGCUAAGAAAAUUCAAGUUUCGCGUAAGUAAACAGUAAGAGUCAUUUCAGGGAGGCAAAAAUUGUGGAAAACGAAACACAUUCAGGAUAAAAAUAGUGAUUAGGCGUCGCGCUGUGGACGCCGCCGAACAUGUAUCCGCGCAUGCGUGCGCUUUAAACCUACAAAAGCAGUAAAGAGAAACAUUCCAAAACCUAUAGAUUUAUAUACACAAGCAUACUUAUACAAAUAUUUAAAAAGAGAAGGUAGCAAUAGUUAUAGCAAUAGGCUUCCCGAUCCCAAAAAAACACGUUAAAAACUUUAGCAUAUUUUAUAAAUGUGCGAAAAUGGCUAUUCUAGCUGCUGCAAAGCGUUUAGUGGCUGAUGAUACAUACAUACAUACAUACAUAUAUACACAUUAAAAAAUGCUUUUAGCUAAUAUUUACGAAGAGUAUAUCUUGUGGUAAAUAGAAAAUAUGCAUUUAUGCCGUUAAUAGUUACAGUUAAGCACACCUAUACACACAGUACCAGACCUAACCACAAAAAACUAAUAUAAAUAUAUUAAAAAAUGUUUUUGUCUAUGCAAUAGGGUGUGUCAAAAAUAAGGAACAAUUUUUUUUGUUUAGUUAUCUGAAAGAUAGGUUCUUAUUAGACUCCUCCAAGUAAGCCUUUUUAACUCCGAAGAAUAAGUUCUUAGACAGCUCUAAGAAAGUCAAUUCAAGUAUGAGCUCUUAAUUGUAAUGGGAAGGUCCUGCGCCUUAAAGUUUUCUAAUUUUUCUUACUAUCAGAUGGAAGAAUUCACAUGUUUUUUCCAGCUACUUGAAAAAAUAUCAUGUUUCAAUGCCUGUCAAAAAAAAAAAAACAGGAAAAAACGUUAACUCCGAAGCUAAUAUAUCCUUCACAGGUGCAUUUCUUUUAGUAACUAUGUGCCCAGUUUGUAUGGCAGCUAUAUGCUAUAGUAAUCUGAUCUCAACAAUAUCUUCGAAAAUUACUUUGUUGUGUUAGAAAAUAAUCUAUACCAAAUUUCGUGAAGAUAUACCGUCAAAUGAGCAAGUUUCCCAUAAAAGAACUUGAUUCCGAUCGUUCAGUUUGUAUGGCAGCUAUAUGUAUAUACGAUAUCUUAAAAACAGAGGGACUAGUUCGUAUAUAUAGACUCAACUCAACCUACUUAUCAUUUAUAAUUAUAUUGGUUGUCAAAAAAGUCUUGCAGUAUUUUCGCUAGUUGUCGCUGAAAGCGCGUAGUUCUAGUUUUAUUCGUCGCAUCGGGUCAUGCUAUACCUUUUUGGAAAGCCCAUUUCACGAGCUAACACGUGUUUGAUUGAUUGUCGUUUCUUUUAAGUCGUUCGUGAGUUAUAGCGUCGCAACCAUGGAGCAAAAUAAAGAGAAAAUACGGCAUAUUUUACAGUACUACUACGAUAAAGGCAAAAAUGCAUCUCAAGCCGCCAAUAAAAUUUGUGCAGUUUAUGGACCCGAUUCAGUUUCCAUUUCCACCGCACAACGAUGGUUUCAACGUUUUCGUUCUAGUGUAGAGGUGGUCGAAGAUGCGCCACGCUCCGGAAGGCUUGUCGUCGAAAAUUGCGAUAAAAUCGCUGAAUUGGUCGAAAAGAGACCGGCAUAGUAGCAGCCGUAGUAUCGGUCAAGAGCUGGGCAUGAGUCAUCAAAAAUUAAUUUCUAUUUCAAUAAAAAAAAAAAUCCAAUAAAAAUACCGCAAGACUUUUUUGACAACCCAUCAUAUACUUUAUAGGGUCUCCGACGCUUCCUUCUAUAUGGCAAACUUAAUAUACCCUGUUCAGAGUAUAAAAACAGAAAGAAAAAAAGGAAAAAAAGUCCAAUUUCGUACAAGACUGUGUGUCAUUUAAAAUGAUUUUCUUUCAUCAAAUUACAAAAGUUAUCAAACUACAAUCAUUGGAACAGUUAGACUUACGAAAAAAUUGUAAGAGGCCAUUUUGUAGAGCAUUUAAUUUCCUACAAAAUUUAUGAAACGAAAUAUCUUUUCAAAAGCUAGAAGCGAAGUAUACAUUUUACUAUCUGACAUAUAAAAAAUAAUAGAAACCGGUAAUGCGGAAGACCCUCAUAUUGCAAUUAAGAGCUGAUACUUGAAGAAAUUUUCUUAGAGCUGUCUAAGAACCUAUCUUUUAGAUUUUCAGAGUAACAAGCAAACAAAAAAUCGAUUUUCUUUAACCCACCCUAAUAACAGCUCAAUAACAAAUUAUAUACACAUAAGAAACUAUAAUCUAGAAUUGCGUGUUCUGAAGCACGAAUUGAACUCUGUAAGAAAACAUAUGAAGCUACGCAUUGCUGUGGAUGAAAAUCAUAAUAUAAUUUACUUUGUUUUUAAUUGCGUCGGAAUGUGAGUUCCAAUAUUUUGCUUCAUGGUGUUUCAGUUUAUUUGUUCUUAAAAUCAACUGAGGCUAGUUUAGUUUAGUUUUUGUUUAACAAAGUUUAUUUAUUUAAAAUAUAUGUGUUUUUUUUUGUAUUUUAAGUUUAUAACGUUGCUAAGUUGAAUAUUUAGUUGUAGGGCUUUUAAAGAUCAGCAAAGAUCAGAGAAUGCGAGAAAUAUUAAGUUGCAGAAGGAUUUAUUGUUUCACCGUUAUAUUACUAUUAUGUUGAUUCCAUGCUUAUUAUGUUAUAUUAAUUAAAAACACAUGCAAAUUAGUGGUAGUCAAGUAGGCAGCAAGAUCACUGUGACUCUUGCACGACUUCGUCCAAUAACAAUGAAAUCCAGAGACAAACUUCUGGCUGCUCUCAGCACUUGUAAGAAGCUUAUCACAAAAGCAAUGAAUAUCUGAACAGUUGAACCUAUUGAAAUGCACAAACUGUCUGAUACCUUCUGCCAGAGCUCUAUGAGUUCUAUGCAUAUUAGUGAGGUAGAAUUAUUUAAGCACUUUCUGCUUGACUGUCCUUCUUACCCCGCACGUUACACGAUCAAGAAAUAUCUUUUCAGUUGCAAUACACACACAUUUUUCCAACUUAAAUGGCAUCGUGUUAUCAUUUUUCCAUCCAAAUCGAGCGGCUACUUGACGAUCGAGUUAAAACAGCUGAACACAUAGUUUUCAAACUAAUGCCAUGCAAUUAUCGGGAAUAUGAAUAUUUGGUUAUACGUAGGUUGCCCUUUAUAUUUCGAGAUUGGAGAACAAAAACAAAUUUUAAUUAUCGAAAAUCGCUUUAUUGUAUUUCAAAAUAUACUCCAUUAAGAUUUUUAAACUUUUGCAUGAGUGUGAACCAAUUGUCGAAAGUGUCUCGAUUGAGGUUCCUCGAAAACAUGUAUUGGAAUGCAUUAACUGCCUCUUCGGGUAUCGAAAAACGUUGAGCUCUUAGUUUGUUUUUUACGACGGCAAUAAAAAAAGGCAUUCGAUACCAAAUAAAGACUAAAUGGAUGAUGACUAAUCAAAUCGAUGUUUUAAGUACUCAAAAAUGCAGUUGUUUCAGUUGAUAUGAGAGCUAACACUGCCUGGUGAUGAGUGAGCCUGAUUCCUUCAAAGACAACUGUCAAAUAAAUGGUCGUAUACCACUGAUAAUGUCCUGUUCUGCGUUGUUUCAUUGGCAUGAUUGCGACAUGUCCACUACCGAAAAAACAAGCAACCAUUUGCUUGGAAGUGUUUCUCGGCUCGAA